AUGCCGUGUCUACUGCCGUCACCGACUUCAUGCUACUCGCUGAAACUGCCCGAGUUACGGCCAGAAGCCAGCUCCAAUCUUACUGAGAGCGAAAAAAGAGCCCUACUUCUAGAUUGUCGUACGGGGGCUGCUAUUGCGCUGGGAAGAUCGUCGGUUUUCGUUUAUGGUGGUCUGACCAUACCUUUAGCACUCACUAAUAUUAACUCAGCAUCUCUGCAACAAGAAAUCAUUUUCUAUUUUGCCAGAGAGCAUAAAUCCAGUUCUAGUUUUCAAAGUUUACGGCAAUGGGUUAGUCGAGAACUAUUUCAGCUUGAUUUGAUCUCUCGGGCUUGGAGGCGAGUCGACACGUUCAGUGCUUUUGCAAGCGUGAAGCUCGGUGCUUCUGGCGAGCCUCAAGGCGGCACUCAACCAAAGGCCAUACCCGAGCGCCUUUACCAUUCCAUGACUUUCAACAGCGGAUAUCUGUACGUCUUCGGAGGUCUAGUCAUUUGUCCCGAGUUCAAUUACGAACUGACCGCAACAAACGAGCUGUGGGCGUUAGAUCUAACUCGAAAAGUGUGGACCCCAAUUGCCAGUGAUCCGUCCAUCACUCGUAGAUUCAAUCACGAGAUGCAUGUAGUGAAUGGCAAUGACGAUGAUAAAGACACCCUCAUUGUCAUUGUGGGCGGUUUGGACAACAUGGAUAGACCUGUCCACUCCGUGGAUGUUUACAAUGUUACUCAGAAGCGAUGGGAAUCCGGGGAAGAGGCGUCUCCGGAGUCCAACUUCAAAGAUAUCACUUUUAACAUUGAUGGACAUCCCACGACGCUGGUCAAGGACAAUAAUUUCUCGCUGGUUACCACGAUAGACGGAGUACCGUCUCUGGCUGUAUUUAGCCCUGUGUCUGAUCCAAGGGACUUGGAGCAGGGACCGCUCGCGAUUCAACCUUUGGUCAAUCACUCCUCGGCCGUUAGGUUGUCGCUUUUUGAAUCGGUUUCCGCUGAAACCAAAAGAUUUAUGAUCACCUCCCUUUUGAAAAAUCCUGUUGGUGCUCUCCAUGGUCAGACCAUUAUAGUAGCUGGGUUUUAUCCUGACGUGCAGCCGGCGAAUUACCGAUGUUUUUCCUACAGCAUGGCUACUGGUAGCUGGAGCGAAGUGAACGUUAAGUGUACCAACGACAAUGGUGCAAUGUACCGUCUAUGCCAACCUUUAACGUGGCCCUCGCACCAUAAAAUUUUAUUUUUGGGUACUUCGGUUGCUGAUACGUCAUCACCUUCAGUUCAAAGGUUUGAUAAGAUGCUCUGUAUAUCUUUGCCUAUGGCGAAUGUUAUCAACAAAGGUUUCAGUUUGUCUAUUUUGAAGAAGAACAAGAAAGUGGAGAAAGCAAUGUCUGAAAGAAGUCAAGAUAUAUUCGAGAACUAUUCUCGUUAUAUUGCUCCAACGCAAGAAAUAACUACGACGCCAUCUGUCUUUCCAUCUCAUGCCAUGGCCUUGGGGAAAGACAGUUUAGAGCUUUAUGGACGUUAUUUGUCGGACUUCGAAAUUGUAACAGAAGAAGGAGACCGUGUCAGUGUACCUCUUUAUCUACUGAGAAAAAGGUGGGGAAGAUACUUUGACGGUCUUUUAGCACAAGGUUUUGUAAGCGCUUCUACUGCUCUCAACAGCAACGUCAAUUACAAUGAAAUUAGCAAAUUGUCUACAGACUCUUCCGUCAACCCCUUCGCGACUAUGGGGUCCAACCUUGAAAGCACAAGUUCUAAGGAGCAACCGAAAUGUCCUUCCAGAAGCUCGUCCGAACAAAACAUCAUCAAAGAUGUGGAUGAGAUCCUAAGUUCCCAUCCACUCUCCACGUUACUUUCCAAAAAAUCCUCCCCAGUUUUCCUUUCUCAAGAAGCCGCUGAGUCUAUCAAGCAUUCAUUUUCUGAUGGCAAGCAAUCCUUGACCCGAGGUACGUCUAAGCUCAAAGCACGUUUGAAUUCUGAAACGGGCAAUGGAAGUGACCCGGCAAGUCAACCAAGAGAUCCCCGCCAUAUCAACUCUAGUGCCGCCUCCCAAGAAAUUCACACGACGAAGCCGCAUCGCAAAAAAGAACGUGCUGAUUUUGGUAUGGUCUUCAGAAUGCCUUUCACCGAAUCCAAGAGUGGAAGCAACAUGCCCAUGUUGCACUCGAGUACUUCGGAGCCCACACAUAUCCAAACAGUGCAAAAACUUAGCCCAUACUUGCACAAUCGUCGCAAAUCUUCCGCUUCUGUUCUAUUUGCAACGGAUAGUAAUUCCCAGGUCGCGAGAAGGGCAUCACAUCCAGCGCUGUUUCCCGACUCUUCGUUAGGCAACAAUCAGUCGAAUCUUCAAACCAAUGAUUUCUCACGCAAAGCUUCUAUAGCUUCGCAGAAUAGUUCGAUAUCAUAUGUCAGCUCCUCAUCUGAUCGCCUGGGUAACUCAAUGUACCCUCACGCCUCUAACGAAAACAUCCAUUCAGCCUCUUCUGCUCACCCGCCACUCAAUAUGACGUUACCCCCUCAGCAACCUCUUCCGACGGAUCCAAUUCCUGCCGUACCUCAGCAAAAACCUCCGGAAAUCUCGGCUUCUAACUUUUCGGCGAAGAACAGUCCAUUUUCGUCUCGGCGCUCUUCGCUUUACAACGAUAUCACGCAUGCCGUCGCUGGGCCUUGGGGCUCUCAACAGUUGUCCAGUGGGCUCAGUAACCACGGAAGUGACAAUCAGAAUGUGAGUCCAGAGUCUCAGCCCUUACGUAGGCCAUCCAUGGAAAGGCAAUUCCUCGAAGACUACCUCAUCGAUGUUGAAUUAGAAAGUAAUACCCAAAACGAAUGCCACCGUCCGUCGUUUCAUAGGUGGGCUAGUCUAUCUCGAGAGAGUAGUACUGGAAAACUGAAUUUUGCAGACGACAGGAAAAGAGGUUCAUGGACUUCUGAGGCUGACAGUCUCGCGAGCGGGGCAGUCCACCACCCUCACUAUUUGGAGCCUUCACUCACGCCUCGCUCUCUUUACAUGCCGUGGCCUACAAGCACUGUGAAAGCUCUUGCGGAGUUUUUGUACACCGGUCAAGUGAGCGGAAAAUGGCUUUUGUCGCCUGUGGCUUUAAAUUUGCUCAUGGUUGCGAAACUGUAUCAAAUACCUCUACUUUACGAUCUGAUGAACGAGGUGCUAUUUUCUAUCGUGGCCAAGAAAGAGGAGAGUUUAUUAUUGAUGGAAUCCUCUUUCAAGCAGUUGUUCUUAUUGAAGGUGGCCAAACGUUUCACAAGCGACGAAGAAAAAAUCGAAAAUGUUUUGGCGGCUAACUUAUCCUAUCAAGAGCUACUCACUCUCGAAAAGUCAUUAAUUGGGCUUGGCAACGGUUAUGUGGAUCUCCGCGCCUUGCGCAAGCGCUCUCGUCAAGUUUCUCUCAGCACCAGUGGUAGCUUAGACAAUUUUCAAGGUAAAAGCGGAUAUAAACUCGAUAAGGGUGAUGAACUGGAACUCAAUAUUCCAAUUCUUCUCGCAAGUGGAUUAGGAGAUGGGGAUCCAUCAAUGGGUUUACCUCAGUACUCUAGUUCAAAACCGUCCUCAUCAGCUUCAGGGCAAUCUGAGCCAAAUGCGCUGCAGGUUAAGAAUAACGACGUAGAGAAAGAACUAGGCCCCAAUUACUCGAAGGAAUCCUCUACAAUCCUCUCACCUGGUGGUAAAAGGGAUGAGUUGGAGAAGCAAAGGACCGCAAAGGCAGCAGCAAUCAAAAGAGGGGAGCAAGAGUCCAAUGCUGAAGAUAUUGAACAAAUCAAGCUGCAUGAUAUUUCCAGGAACGAUUUGCUCAAGCCUUCCACUCAAAUAAUAGACGCAAGGAAGGGGAAAGGCAAUGAUCAAGCGCAUGCUAAUCGCAUUUUAACUAAAAAAUCUCAAAAGAUAACCUCUGAUAGCGAUAACGAUGACGAUGACAGCUCUUCCUCGGAUUCUGAUUUCGGAGAUAUGAGUCUAGCUUUUGGCGUUGCUUCAUCGUCAAAACUCGAUCAAAAAAUCCGCGAGCGUAACGUCGAUGAAUCUAUUGACCCUCUGACCACAUUUAAUGAUGGACCAGGUAAUUCGGCGAAUAAGAUUUUGAAUUAUUUUCGCCAAGGCGAGAAAUAUUUUAAGUCAGAACAAUCGGCGCCUCAUGGGGAAGCUCCAACAUUGGACAACAUUGCCUCUCCCAAUUCUCUUCCUCCUGUGGAAUAUAUUAUUGAGCUGAUACAUAAGACAUCGGUGAUGGUUGGAGAUGUCAACCUUACAAUCAGAUGCAAAACGUGCCUAAGCUUAGCCAGGACGCUCAAAUCCUUGAAACAGAAAUUAAGUCACGACUUGGUCGCUUACGAUGAGGAGCUUCAACGAAUGGACACGCCGGUAGAGUGCGUUGAAAGACCGACGACUCCACUUAAGAAUAGACAUGAGUCUGCGAGCGUUGCAAGGCCAUUGACACCUAAAUCGUCUACGGAACAGCUAAGCAGGACAAAUUCUGGGUCCGCUUCGGGUCGGAAAAGUCCCUGGUCCUCCAAUAGGGAACCGAUGAAAAAGACAAAUCCUUCCUCAUUAAGUCAAGUAAAAGUUGCGGGAGAAAAGGCGUCAGAAGCAUCUAAGUUUUCUUCGGGAACCCCGGAUCUAAAAAAACAAGCGAAGGUGAAAAAAAUCAAUUCUCACUUAAGCUCGAGUGGUUUAACCGGCGCUGGCGCCGGAAUCUUCACGACAGUCCCAUUUGCGGUGCAGCCCAGCACGCACGGCUCAUCGGGCUCUAGGAAGAAAAAGGAGCCCUCUACAAACUUCUCAUUUUUUGGCAAAAAAAAAUAA